AUGUUCUACAAGCCCGAGGAAAUUCAGGCAGUUAAAAUACCCAAUGGCGAUCACUUAUUUGAGUUAGAUUCUUGGCUAGAACCCUACAAAUACGAAAUUAAAAGGAGAUACAAAUGCUUCGAAGAUUACCAGCGGUGGAUAGAGAGUGUGGGUGGAAUGGAGUCCUUCACUCAGGGCUACAAACGAUUUGGCAUUCACGUGGAGCCAGACGGAACAGUCAGAUGCCUGGAAUGGGCCCCUGGAGCUAGAGAAAUGUACCUUCGUGGCGACUUCAACGACUGGAGGGAGUAUGAAUAUCCCUUUACGAAGCUUGAAUUCGGAAAGUGGGAAUUGGUUAUUCCUCCAAAUGGUGAUAGUGGGAAACCCGUGAUUCCACAUCUCUCCAAAGUCAAGCUAAUGGUUAUUGGUCCUGACGGAGCAAAGCACGAUCGUAUUAGUCCAUGGGCUACAUAUGUGAAGAAUUUCGACAAGAAUAUUGUCUAUGACCACGUAUUCUACAACCCACCCUCGCGCUACAACCUCAAGUAUCCUCAUCCACCGAAGCCAAAGGCUUUAAGAAUCUACGAAAGCCAUGUGGGCAUCGCGACCUCGGAACUGAAGGUUGGUAGCUAUCUGGAGUACAAGGAUAAGAUUGUCCCGCGGAUCGUUGAUUUGGGCUACAAUUGUAUCCAGUUGAUGGCUAUCAUGGAGCACGUUUAUUAUGCCUCAUUUGGAUACCAAGUGACCAAUUUCUUCGCUGCUUCAAGUCGAUAUGGGACGCCGGACGAGCUGCGUGAACUGGUGGACGAGUGCCAUCGCCAGGGCCUAAUGGUUCUGCUCGAUGUGGUCCAUAGCCAUGCUUCGAAGAAUACCGCAGACGGACUGAACCAGUUCGAUGGCACGAAUUCCUGUUAUUUCCAUGAUCAUGGAAGAGGAGUGCAUGAACUGUGGGAUUCACGCCUUUUCAAUUACACUGAGUAUGUUUCCCACGACACCCUUCCUCUGCCCUUGUUGAUCCUCGACUUAAGGUUGGAAGUCCUUCGGUUCCUUUUAUCAAAUCUACGAUGGUGGAUCGAUGAGUAUGGCUUUGAUGGCUUUCGUUUUGACGGCGUUAUGUCGAUGAUCUAUCAUCACCAUGGCCUGAAUACCGACUUUUCCGGCUCCUAUGGUGACUACUUCGGGCUUUCCGUGGACACAGAGUCUUGGACUUAUCUAAUGCUCGCAAACGAUUUCCUACAUAAGAAAUAUCCAUUCGUCAUAACUAUAGCAGAGGAGGUCAGCGGCAUGCCUACUCUCUGUCGCCCCGUAGACGAAGGAGGUGCGGGAUUUGAUUAUCGUCUCGCCAUGGCCAUUCCCGAUCUUUGGGUCUCGUAUCUGAAGAAGCGUUCAGAUGAAGACUGGGACAUGGCCAAAAUUGUGCACAGCCUGACGAACCGUCGAUGGGGCGAGGCGAACAUCGCCUAUGCGGAGUGUCACGACCAGGCCCUGGUGGGGGACAAGACCAUAUCGUUUUGGCUCAUGGACAAGGAGAUGUACACCCACAUGAGCACCCUCUCGGACCCCAGUCUCAUUAUUGAUAGGGGCAUCGCCCUACACAAAAUGAUCCGAUUCAUCACCCAUGCCCUUGGCGGCGAGGGAUACUUGAACUUCAUGGGUAAUGAAUUCGGGCACCCGGAAUGGUUGGACUUCCCGCGUGAAGGAAAUAACAGCAGUUAUCACUAUGCACGUAGACAAUGGCACCUCGUGGAUGAUCCGCUGCUCAAGUAUAAAUAUCUCAACAACUGGGACCGUGCGAUGCAACACUUGGAAGAAAAAUAUCACUGGCUUAGCGCUCCCCAGGCCUAUGUCAGCAGAAAGCACGAAGACGACAAGGUGAUUGUCUUCGAGCGAGCCGGUGUCCUAUUUGUAUUUAAUUUCCACCCCCACAAAAGCUUCACUGAUUACCGCAUUGGAGUUGACACUCCUGGAAGCUACAAGAUAAUUUUGAACUCUGAUCGGGCUGAAUUCGGGGGCUUCAAUCGGAUCGACGAGUCACUGCCAAUGCCCACGAAAAAUGAGCCCUGGGACAACAGGCGUUGCAGCAUGUACGUCUACAUCCCCUCGAGGGUGUGCAUGGCGCUCGCCUGCCACUAG